GUCUGUAAUGGCGGCAGCGGCGGGACUGUGUGUGAGGAGCAGUCGUGAGCUAUGGACGAUAUUAGUGGGAAGGUCAGCGCUAAGAGAUACUGCAGCGUUUAUAGUAAAUGUUCUCGAUGGUGGGCAAUUGGGUGCCGAUAAUCCGUUGAGCAGUUUUCACCACACGCUGGAGUGCUUUGCGGUCUGAUAUGGGACAAUUGCUAUACCACACUGAAAUGCAGUUGGCUCAGAUUGAAGCUGAAUUGGAUCAGCAUUGUGACCGAUUACUGGCUGGACUUUCUUUCUACAAGCCUCCCAGUGUAUCUUCUGCUGAUAAACUAAAGGCUGAUAAGGAAGUGGUGGCUUCAUUGAAGGAACUUGGAUUACGGAUCAGCAAGUUCUUGAGUUUGGAUGAGCAGCAGAGCGUUCAAAUAUUACAGUCAUAUCUUCAAGAGGAUUACAGGGGCACAAAGGAUUCAAUAAAGGUAGUUUUGCAGGAUGAGCGACAAAGCCAAACACUGCAGCUCAAGAUUGCAGAAUACUAUUAUGAAGAACGACUUUAUACAUUACGUUGUGUUCUCUACCUUCUUACAUAUUUUCAAGAUGAACGACAUCCUUAUAGGGCUGAAUACUCAAAAUGUGUGGACAAGCUGGAGAAGGAACUGGUUACGAAUUAUCGGAAGCAGUUUGAGGAAUUGUUCAGAACUGAAGCUCCAACUUGGGAAUCUCAUGGGAAUCUAAUGACAGAACGUCAGGUGUCUCGUUGGUUCCUGCAAUGCCUGAGGGAGCAAGCUCUUAUUUUAGAGAUUAUCUUCCUAUAUUAUGCCUAUUUUGAAAUGGGACCAGAAGAUCUCUUGGCUUUUGCAAGAAUAUUCAAAGAGCAAGGAUUUGGAGCACGGCAAACAAACCGACACCUUGUAGAUGAAAGCAUGGAUGGACUGGUUGAUCGCAUUGGGUAUUUCAGUGCAUUGAUCCUAGUCGAGGCAAUGGACAUUGAUUUUCUACAUAAAUGUGCUCUUGAGGAUAGUGUAGACCGACAUCAGUUUGCUAAUGCUCGAGAGGUUUGCCAGGAGAUGGAUAAGCUGCUGUUGACGUUGGGAGACAUUCCACAUCAUGCUCCAGUGCUGCUGUCCUGGGCUCUUCUGCGUCAUACUUUGUGCCUGGAUGAAUCAAGUCAUGUAAUCAGGUGCUUGGGGAGUAUCGCUAUUCAACAGAAUGCCUUUCAGUACAUGACACAGAUGCUUAAGGCACUUGGCAGUGGAGGAAACAAUUGUACAGCAAGUACUGCACGAAUGUGCAUCUAUGGACUUCUCUCAUUUGUCUUAACAUCUUUUGAGGAAGAAACUUUGGGAGAUCAACAGCACUUGAUUAACCUGGCCUGUGAGGUGUUUGCAGCCCCAAGUCUGGCAGAACUUUUUUGGGAUACAGAACCCACAACAGGUCUUGCUGUGUUGUUGGACAACAAUUGUGGAAUGUUCCCACAGUCUAUGGCACCACUGCUGCAGCUGCUGUCGGCACUUAUAUCGGACAAAAGCACAGCUAAAAAGGUUUACAGCUUUUUGGACAAAAUGUCUUGUUAUACGGAAUUAUACAAGCUCAAACCAAAUGAUAUACUUUCACACGAGGAUGAAACCCAGUGGAGAAGGCAAACACCAAAACUACUUUAUCCUCUUGGAUCUGGAAAGGCCAAUAUACGUAUGCCACAGGGUACGUAUGGAACUGUGAUGCCUACAGCGCAGGGUUACCUUGUGCGUUGGCAUUACUCGUACAGUGCCUGGACAAUUUUCACUUGUGAGAUUGAAAUGCUGCUCCAUGUGGUUUCAACAGCAGAUGUUCUCCUUCAUUGCCAAAAGGUCAAACCUAUCAUUGAUGUGGUGCAUAAAAUCGUCAGCACAGAUUGGUCCAUUACAGAUUGUCUGCUGCCAAUUACUUCACGCUUAUACAUGUUAAUUCAGAGGCUUAGUUCCGUUAUGAACCCUCCAAUGGAAGUGAUUGCUUCUUGCGUAAAUACCUUAACUGUUCUGGCCACACGGAUGCCAGCCAAGGUAUGGUCAGAUCUACAGCACACAGGCUUCUUACCAUACUCUGUGACACAAAUCACCGGAAUUGUGCAGUCCAUCAGGGCUGAAGGGAUGCAAGCUGGUAGCUAUGGUAAUCUUCUGCUGAGUAUUGAGAGACCACAGGGUGAAUAUAGUGUCACAAGAGCAUUUCUACAGCUGGUUAUAACACUGGUCAAGGGACAACUGGGAAGCACACAGAGUCUAGGUCUUAUGCCUUGUGUGGUCUUUGUCUUGAAAGAGUUGCUGCCGACCUACCAUAAAUGGCGUUAUAAUGUUUAUGGCAUGCGAGAAGAAAUUGGUUGCCUGAUUCUUGAGCUUAUUUAUACCAUCUUGAAUCUGAACCCUGAAGAGGCAUCGCAAGGCAGUCCUCUCAGUCUUCAGACUAUGUGCAUCCAUUGUUUGGCAAACACAGAAGCAGGACAAGCCAUCGUAAAUAUUAUGGCUAUUGGGGUGGACACAAUUGAUACAGUAAUGGCAGCACAACCCAACAGUAGCAGCGGAUCUGAGGGAUCAGGUCAGACUCUCACUCAGACCAUGAAACUGGCAUUUUCUAUAACGAACAAUGUUAUCAAACUGAAGCCAUCAUCAGACGUGAUCUCGCCAUUGGAGCAGGCUCUGACUCAACAUGGUACCCAUGGUAAUAACUUAAUAGCAGUUUUGGCAAAGUACAUUUACCAUAGGCAUGAUCCUGCAUUGCCACGUCUUGCCAUUCAGCUUCUGAAGAGACUUGCAAUGGUGGCUCCAAUGUCAGUUUAUGCCUGUCUUGGAAGUGAUGCUGCGGCAAUACGUGAUGCAUUUCUUAAUAGACUGCAAAGCAAGACAGAGGACAUGCGUAUUAAGGUGAUGAUCCUGGAGUUUUUGACUGUUGCGGUGGAAACCCAGCCAGGUUUGAUUGAACUCUUUCUCAAUCUGGAAGUGAAAGAUGGUGCAGUUGGAUCAAAGGAGUUUAUCUUGGGAGAAUGGAGCUGUCUGCAGGUAGUACUGGAAUUUAUUGACUCCAAGCAACAUGGAAAAUACUGGUGUCCUCCUCUUAUCCAUCGUGCAGCCAUUGCUUUUCUGCAUGCCUUGUGGCAGGACCGCAGGGACAGUGCCAUGACUGUUUUACGAACCAAGGAUCGAUUUUGGGAGAAUUUGACAUCUGUGCUUUUUGGAGAGUUGCCAGCCCCCUCUGACAUUACAGAGAAGAGUGUCCUCGAAACCUGUGCCUUCACUUUGAAAAUUAUCUGCCUGGAAAUAUACUAUGUUGUCAGAGGUUCUCUGGACCAGACUCUAAAGAACACAUUGAAAAUGUUCUUUGAUAAGAAACGAUAUGAAUAUUGGUCUGAAUAUAUCAAAUCCCUUGUUAUCUAUAUGACGGAAGCAGAUACUGAUGGAGCCUCAACAUUUCUCGAAUUCCAUAAGUUGAUAUCAGCGUGGAGAAUGUUUCUUGUUCUGGCUACUAGCUAUGAGGAGGUGAUGCAUCUUUGUGACUGUUCACUCCGGCUGCAAUUACUACAUGACGUUCUUGAAACAACCAAAGUUUUGCUGACAGUUACCUCAUCUGCUCCAUGCCUGCGAAUGGGAUCAAUGCUAGCAACACUGCUUUUAAUCCUACUGAAACAGUGGAAAAGCACAAUUGUUAAUGUAUCUAAAAUCCUGGACCCUUUGGAUCAAAUUCUAGAGAGCCUUUCACAGAGCAACCAGUACUUCAUGGAGAAGACAAAAGCAAAAAUAUAUUCUGCUAUCAUAAUUGCACUUCAGAUCAAGCAACUACGAGUUAGUGACUUUCCUCAGUAUUCUCAAAUGCUGCUAACUGUGUGUGAGACCAUACAUAACGAAGCGAUUGUUCUACUGGACCAAACACGUCAUGCACUGACAACUGAUGCUGGCAUAUUUGAUGACAAAGAUAGUAUGGAAACAGAUUGUGCCCCACGAUUACAACACAAGGACCAGAAGGAUGGAGUAUGUGUGCUAGCUGUCUAUCUUGCAAAGGAACUCUGUGAAAUGGAUGAGAGUGGUGAUCAUUUAAUUUCCAUCAUUCGGAAGGUUCCAUUUCUUCCUGCAAUGCUUAGCACCUUGGAGCUCAGUCUUCGAGUCAAACAGAAUUUACAUUUUGCAGAGGCGUCACUACACUUGCUUUUAGGUCUGGCCAAAACGCAACAAGGAGCUGCUGCAGUGGGAGGAGCCGGUGUUCUACAAAGCAUCUGUCUGCCACUUCUAAGUGUUUAUCAGCUCAGUGCCAAUGGCACCACUCAGACUUCAGGAUCUUCCCGAAAAUCUUUGGAUGCUCCCUCAUGGCCAGGUGUGUAUCGACUCACUAUGUCACUGAUGGAAAGACUUUUAAAAUCACUACGCUAUAACUUCCUUACCGAAUCGUUAGACUUUGUUGGAGUCCAUCAGGAGCGGAUACUUCAGUGUUUGGAUGCAGUUCGAAAGGUGCAGAGCUUGGCUUGCCUUGAUGAAGUUGAUCACACUGUAGGGUUUCUUCUUCAACUUUCCAACUUCAUCAAAGAGUGGCGGUUUCAUCUGCCACAACUGCUUAGGGAUGUGCAGGUAAACCUGUGUUACCUGUGCCAGACAUGUACCUUUCUGCUUCAUAGUCCGAAAGUGCUUCAGCACUAUCUACAGGUGAAGAAUGGAGAUGCUCUUCCACCUGCAAUUCUUCCUCGGCAGCCCAAACCAGCUCAAACGCCAACAAAGCAGCAAAACACAGAACGAGAUGAAGUGGAACAGCGUGCAAUGCUGAAAGUCCAAUCCAGUUUGCUCAGGAUUCUGAGUAAAACAUUAGCAGCUAUUCGACACUUUACUCCUGAUCUAUGCCAGAUACUGCUAGACCAGUCCUUAGAUCUGGCUGAAUAUGACAUGCUGUUCGUCCUGAACUUCACUACUCCAGCAUUUGAUUCUGAUGUUGCUCCAUCAUUUGGAACUCUGCUUGCAACUGUGAAUGUGGUUCUGAACAUGCAGGGCGAGAUUGAUAAGAAGAAGGAACCCAUGUCACUAAAUAUGAUACCACUAGCUUCAUCUGAAGAGACAAAGCCUCUAAAGGCGCUUUUGAGGUUCACAAUGGAAAACUGUUUCUAUGCAUUGAUUUCACAAGCGGUGAGAUAUCUGAAGGACCCAUCUGUUCAUGCACGGGACAAGCAGAGAAUGAAGCAGGAGCUGAGCUCAGAACUGAGUACAGUUCUGUCUAGUAUUUCUCGAUAUUCUCGACGUGGAGCACCUUCAUCCCCUGCUGCAGCCUUAUUGCUGACUCCUCCAAACAAAUCAACCUGCUCCAUGUCCAAGUUGUGUCCUGAAAGUCAGGAACCCUUAAUACAGCUGGUCCAGGCCUUUGUUCGACAGAUUCAGAGAUAACAAGGAGAAAAAUAAUCUCAAGGAUUAAUGCUGUGCAACUCUGACUGAAAACGUAAAUGCAAUAUUUUCUUUGUCAGUCUUUUUUUACUGACCAAAGCUAAUGUGAAUAUAAAUGACAAAUAGAUUGGUGAGUGAAUCUGAAUAAUUGGUAACUUAAAUUUAUUAUUGAAAAUACAUUUUUGUGCAAGUUUUUAGAUGUGCCACUUGUUUCUCAAAGCUAAAGGAUAAGUGGAAUGAAGUUACAGAACAUUACAUGGUAGCCUUUUAGCAAAAAUAGCAGCUGUUCCUGAACAAUUGUACAUAAGCAUCCCAUCAAUAUGUGUGACAUCCAUAUCUCAUAUCAAGAAAAAUUGAGACUUUCUUUUGUUGUAGAAAUGUAAAAGGCGGGAGUAUAUAAUAUUUUUUAUAUAACAUUGUUAAACCCUGUUUUCUUAAAAGCUUAAAACAAUUUCAUCGUUGAAUGAUAGUGAGUGGAUGUGGUGAAAAGAUUACUUAAUUGGUCUUAUGUGUUCCAAGCAUCCCUGUAGUGUUUUUUUUUGCUAUCAAGAUAUUGCAUUACAUAUUGAAUUGUAGUGCCAUUAAAGUUUACAGCUAUUUAUUACUUUAUAUACACUGCAUUUCAUCCCUUGGAUGUUUCUUGCAAAAUUUGCCAAAGAAUCUUGAAUAUGUAUUCCCAGCUGCUUUGUUUUUCAUUUAGCGACUGCACUUCAUUAUCUGCCAUUUUUUGACUGAUGUGAAGAGCUAAGUGAACAAAGAAAUAAUGACAGAUCCUAUUUCAGGAGAGCUGCUGAAACAAGUUUGGACAAAGCAAGACCUGAGUUUUGGAUACAUGAAAUGGUUCUUUGUUCUUAGUCCUAAAGAUGGUCUGAGUUUUUUUUAAAGGCUUUGAAGAGAGGUAGGAAGUGCUGUCAUUUUCUAAUUGAUGAUUUUGCAGUUAUUAUAAUUUGAAGAAGCAGUGGACAAAUUUCCCUCUGCUGGCUCUAAAAUAGGAAAUUGCAGACCAUGGUUUGCAUCGGUAAGUCUUUAUUGAAGAUUAUACCCACAUUAUAAGAUAAAUGGCCUUGUGCUUGAGAAAUGGCCUGACUGGUUUUUGUUAAUUUACACCUUUUGAUACUAAGUUUCCAGUUUCACCAAAUGGCUUGGCAUUAUAUUGUGUUCAAGGAAGUUGAUCGAGUAUAGUUCAUGUUUUGGGCCAAAAUGUCGCCUGUACUCUUUUCCUAGGUGCUGCCUGGGCUGCUGAGUUCCUCCAGUGUUUUGUGUGAUUAAGUUAAGCAGAAAUUCAUGCUAAAGAUGUUUAAACAAUGCUGAUUUGCAAACUGUAUAAAUUCAAUUGGUCAUAAUUAUCAAAAGAAUAAUAAUGGUUUCAACUGGAGUAGAUGAGCAGCUCAGGUUUGCUUUCUUUUUAAAUACAAGACUAAUUUUAUGCAGCACUGAGCAUUAUGAUCUAUUUUUUAAAGUGCCUUUAGUCAAGAUAUUGAAUAACGUAAAAACUUUUGAACAAUAACCUUUUUUACAGGUAGCUACCAUCUUUAAAAGAAUUUUUUUAAUAGGUUGAAUAUAAGUUAAAUUCUUGUUAGACAUGGUCACUUACAUUUUACUUUGAGUCAUUUCUUUUACCCAGUAAAACACAGUAACGAAAAAUAUAAUCCAAGACCCUGAGUCUGUGAAUGUUGCAGCAGCUGAACACUAUAUAUAGCUUGUCUUCUGCCAUGCAAACACUGGGGAUACAAUAUAGAUACCAUCUUGAAUGCUGUGCCUCCUCUCCUCUAGGUGGCUGUAAGCAGGCAACUCUCCAGCUUGAGGCCUAGUCCUUGCUAUGACCAAGGCCAUACAGCUGCCUUGCAACCCGUCUAUGAAUCAGACUUGCUGCAUUCCAUAUUAACUAUGUCCAAAAGCAGGCAGCAGCACGAUCUAUGUUGUUCAGUUUCUCUGCCAACUUGCUGAUGGGGGAGAUGUACAUGCAGUACAUCCAGCAGAGUCUUGCAAUUAUAAAAUAUACAUUUAAAAGUGACAAUAAUACCUGUGGUGGAUCCCGUAGAUACUGCUACACUGAAGCGUGCUGGCAUCUUCCUUUAACCUAGUGCAAAUGUUUGCUGUUGUUAAAGAUGUGAAAACAUAUUUUACUGAUAAUGGAGUCUGGUUUACCUUUUAUAAUGAUUCACUGAAAAGUGUGGAUUUUUAUUGUGUUGUAGGGGAUAAAUUGUUUAUACACAUUUGGUUACCUAGAGAAAGGAAAAAAUACAUGGUAUAAUACUCAUUUUGGCUUGCAGCCUUAAAGUCUCAGGUGGAAACAUACAGAAUUGGUAUCCAAUUGACUUCCUUCUGCAUAUAGUUCUGUACUACUGUUAAAUGAAGAGACAACAGGUUCCCACUGAAUUUGAUUGUCUUUAAUCUGCAAUCUGAUGCAUGCACUGUAAACAUGAAUGUAGCUUUUAAUUUUUUGAAAAGUUACAUUUGAAAUGGUUGUAGGAACAAGACAUUUAAAAUAAAGGAGUAAUACUAGA